AUGUAUGACGACGACGACUACGAUCGUAAUGAUCCGAGACGCCUGAGUUAUAUAACGACCCCCCUCGGCGAGUCAAUAACAACCAUCCCGCGGGCCGCCGCAGGCUCCGAGUCACCUCUUUCCCCGUCCUCGCCACUUCACCAAUCCUCGUCAGAUGGGCACACGAUACGGACAAAUGGAAAUCAACGACCGCCACUUGUUGCAAACCGGUCUUUUGAUCGAGAAAGUGAUCCCGGGAAUUCCGGUGGUACUCGUCCCUCAGACACCGCAACCUCGUCUUUCCCUCUCAACGAUAUCGACUAUGAAUCGAACCCCGCAGCCGUCGUGCAGGAAAUGCACAAUCUCGCUGCGAUUCGGCGCAUGUCAAUGGAUGUAGCCGCCGCCGGUGACCCUGAUCUCCCAGGCUUCGCAUCACCCCCCUCGCCCUCGGCCGACGAAGAUGACGCCUCCCGGUUAUUCUGGGUUCCUGCGCGACUGCAUCCUGAACUCGCCCCGAAAGAAUUCAAGUCAUUUCUCGAUAGCAAGGCAGAUCAUAUCAAACGCAGAUCCGGCGAGUAUUCGACUUUAGGGUCUGAACGCCAAGGAUCAGGAGGUGGUCUUCAUCGCAAGCGCUCUAUGUUAUCGAGACAAAUCGACAAUUCUUCAGGUUACACAGAUGGUGCAGAUCGGUUGGAACAUCAACGCUCUCAGUCAAGUAAACGAGGUGACAUGUUGAGUCCCAACCUGCAACAGUUGGGAAGCUUGGUGGAUGAUUCGAAACCGAUAGACAAAGAAGCACUCGUGCGCGGAAUGCAGAAUGCCAGUAUUGCAGGAAAUGACGACAGACCGAUCCUUCCCCCCACACUUCCGGGAAACAGCUUACGCCGAUCAACCCGGACACAAUAUAUAAAAGCAGGGAGUGUGAAAAAGGGUGAAAAGUUGCCAUACUCUAAACGAGUUGGACGGGGAGCAUCUGAAUCUGCAGGGAGUGAUGCAGGACCUCCUGUGGUUCUACCGCCUCAAGAACCCACGAUUCUGGGGCUCACCCGUGUCUCGACUGAUCCUACUCCCAAAACGACUCGUGCGGCUCGAGCCCCUUCUGCCUCAUCACAUAGCUCAGCUUAUGCCCCAAGCUCAACCGCGAGUUCGACAUUCGAUUCAAUUCCAGACCAGCCUGAGACCGAGCACGAAGGGUUGCCCACUGGUGUGCAAACGGAUGCUACUUUGGAUCGAUCCGAGUCGGGAGAUGGGGCCAAUACACGGAAAUGGCAUUCUCGUAUCAGCUCGAAUGGCCGAUCCACCAUGAACAUAACCCCAGGCGACCAAAAGAUCCCUGCAAUAAUUGAAACACCUCCCAACACUGAGUCCAACCGCAUACCAAGUCCCCCUUCACAAAGUAUGCGGUCAUCGGAUCAUGCUGCGGCAUCUACACCGUCGUCGAAACCCACGCCUUCCCAUGACCCGGCACCAAAACGACCUAAGAAUCCUCGCCAACCUCCUCACGAGCCCGCAUCUUCACUUAAUGACUUUGCUAAUAACCCCCAGAUGAUACCUGGCAGCAGCACCCGCACUGACAGUCUUUCUUUCAUCCCUACCAUCUCAGAAGAACGCAAACCCGAAGACCGGAAAUCUGAGAGCAAGAAAUCAAAAGACAAGAAGGACUCUGAUGGUAGCCGCAAGUCCAGUUGGCACUGGUUACUGGGCAGCGAAGAAAAAGACAAGAAGAAGGACAAGGACAGCGAUUCAAAAAAGACCAAAUCUAAGGUUGUUGAUAAAACCCACGACAACACACGUCUAGAUGUUCUACAGUCAUCUAUCGAGAGCACUCCACGUGGACGCGAAAGUCUUGUUUUGGACCGCCUCGAUCCGAAGCUUGAGGAAGAACGACGCAAAGACAGUGCGAGGAGAGCAUCGGGUGACUCGAAAAAAGAGAAAGACGGCAUUUUCUCUUCUAUUUUUGGCGGUGGACGGAAGAAGCACAGCAAUGAAGGCCACCACCGAAAACAUUCGUCACGAAACCUUUCUCCCGAACCACCAAUUCGAGUACUUCGUGCCGACGUCGAUUAUCCAUGGUCUCGCUUCUCGAUUUUGGAGGAGCGAGCUAUUUACCGGAUGGCGCAUAUCAAGCUCGCGAAUCCCCGGCGAGCUCUGUACUCUCAAGUAUUACUGAGCAACUUCAUGUACUCAUACCUGGCCAAGGUACAAAAGAUGCACCCACAGAUGCCAGUGGUUUCAUCUGGGUCAUCCCAGAGAUCGUCAAAAUCACGAGAUCAGCCAGAUGAGUAUCUGCAAUAUCAGCGAUACCAAGAGUCUCAGGAGCAGCAACAACAAAACUACGGAGAAAGUGCCUACGAUGACUCUUCCAUGUACGACUAUGAUGACGAUCCGCAUGAUCGCUAUGGUAGCCACGCGAGGGGCGACAAGCAGGCCUAUGAAAAUGGCCAAGCUUACGGCCCGGGCCACUACCAACCCGGACACUCGUCCUUUGGCGACGACGUCCAACUCGAUGACGACGAUGACGAUGAUAUGUGGUGA